GGCGGCAGCCAGCGGGGGCGCGGCGGGGCGAGCGGAAGCUGCGCGGCGCGGCUGGAGGCGGCCGGAGCCAUGGCUGACGAGGAGGAGGACGCGCCGUUCGAGGAGGACGCGGAGGAAGGCGGCGGAGGCCUGGACGGCGGGCAGGGCCGGAGGAAGCGGCUCUUCUCCAAAGAGCUGAGAUGCAUGAUGUACGGCUUCGGGGACGACCAGAACCCCUACACGGAGUCCGUGGACAUCCUCGAAGACCUGGUCAUUGAGUUCAUCACGGAGAUGACACACAAGGCCAUGUCAAUCGGACGGCAGGGGCGCGUACAGGUUGAAGACAUUGUCUUUCUAAUUCGCAAGGACCCCCGCAAGUUUGCCAGGGUUAAAGACCUCCUGACCAUGAACGAAGAACUGAAACGAGCCAGAAAGGCCUUUGAUGAAGCAAACUACGGAUCCUGAUUCUGUGCACAGGCUGCUCUGGGACAUGUCUCGGGCACCUGCUGCCCAGCAGGAAGGAAUGUCACGCGUUGUUUGGAGGGGUCACUCGGCAUGGAGACCAUCCCUGAGGGAUACUGGCCCUGCCCCUUCUGAGAGGUAUUCAGGCAGCUGAAUGUUAUCUGACUGGACGUGGUAUAGUUUUUGUACCAUUCUAUCACUUAGAGAAAUGAGCUGUAAAGAUUCUUUGAAGGGGAAAAUUCUGUUUGAAGUAGGACUGUGAUGAAUCAGACACCUAGAGGGUUAAUAACUUGUUUUUUUCUCUGUUUUGGUUAUCACUAGGUAUUCUGUUUACAGGAAACGUAGAAAAUGGAUCUUGAUUAAUCAGACAAACCAAGUUAUCUAGCCCAAACUCUGUUAAGUUCUGCUGUCUGUUCUGUAUAUACUUCUUGAAUAAAAUUUGAGUUUA